GGAUAGGGAUCGACAUGAGCUUGAACGACGCAGAGGUCUUGGCCUAUGCAGACCCACCCUUCAUCAUUGUGGAGAACCUCUUCUGUUGUUUUUUCUUCUUCGAAAUCGUGGUACGCUUCGUUGCCUUCACCCGAGCCUCCAUGGCCUUCGGGGACAGAUGGUUCGUGUUCGAUUUGGCGCUGGUGGUGCUGAUGGUGGCUGAAACCUGGAUCAUGUUUCUGGUGGUUCGCAUCUCUACGGAUCCCUCCCAGAGCCAGGAGCAGGCCUUUGAUUCGUCAGUGUUGCGGCUACUGAAGUUGGUACGCAUCACGCGCGUGGCGCGAAUCGCGCGGCUGCUGCGACAAGUGCCCGAGGUCAUGAUCCUCUUGAAAGGAAUCGGCGUGGCGUCACGCUCGGUGUUUUUCACCUGCCUCAUCCUCUUGUGCGUGGUCUACAUCUUCGCCAUCGCCUUAACGCAGCUGUCGGAAGAUACCAAGCUGGGGCAGACCUACUUUCCCACCCUGGCGGAUGGCAUGUUCUCAUUGCUCUUCCACGGGUGCUUCUUUCAAGGCCUUCCGGACUUUGCAAAGCUGUGCUUUCAGGAGAACUUCAUGUACGGCUUCUCCUUACUGGUCUUUGUGGUUCUGGCGCCCUUAACGGUGAUGAACAUGAUCGUUGGCGUCUUGGUCGAGGUCGUGGGGAUCGUCGCGGCGGCCGAACAGGAGGCCUCGACCCGGAAGUCCCUGCUGGAGAGCCUUCACAAGGCACUGGAGAAGUUGGACUUGCAGAUGACUGCCACCAUUACGAAGGUGGAGUUCUGCAAGAUCGUGAACCGUCCAGACAUCGUGACCGUUUUCAUGGAGGCCGGCAUUGACAUCGUGGCCUUACUCCGGGAUCCCGACAUCGUUUUCGCCGGGGAUUCUGACAUGAAUCUGGAUGAGUUCUUAGAGGAGCUCAUCACGCUGCGUGGCGCCAACGUGGCGACGGUGAAGGACCUGGGACAGUUGAAGACUCAGAUUCUGCGGGAAAUGAAACAGCGGCGCGGUCUGCGGUGAGCGGAUCACUGAUCCGCAACGGAUCUGGGGAUGGCAGAUGGCGGUUCAGCUGGGGUCAAAACGCGUCG